UCCAAAAAACAGUAAUUCAUCGCACCACAUGCUUUUAAAUAGUUAGUACUACCUCUUCAUUCAUAGCUCAAUCAUUCUUGUUUGCUUUAAAGUUAAAACAAUGGAGAACCAAUACUCUUCCUACUUGUUCUACUUAGCUAUCCUAGUGUUUUUUACUCCAAUUUUAUUCAGAUAUUUUUUCUAUAGAAGAAGAAAUCUACCUCCAAGUCCAUUUUCUUUUCCAAUAAUUGGUCAUCUUUACCUUCUCAAAAGUACUCUGCAUCUGACUCUGACAUCUUUAUCAGCUAAAUAUGGCCCUGUUUUAUACCUCAAAUUGGGCUAUAAUAUGCCUGUAAUUGUUGUGUCUUCGCCGUCUGCUGUUGAAGAAUGUUUAACCAAAAAUGAUGUCAUAUUUGCAAACAGACCUAAAACAUUGGCUGGUGACAAGUUCACCUUCAAUUAUAUUGUCUAUGUUUGGGCACCCUAUGGACAGCUUUGGAGGAUUCUUCGUCGUUUAACUGUUGUUGAAUUGUUCUCUUCACCGAGCCUCCAAAAGACUUCUACUCUUAGAGAUCAAGAAAUUGGAAUUUUUAUCCGUUCCUUGUACAGAUUCUCAAAGACUAGUAGUAGUAGUAGUAGCAAGAAAGUGGAUUUAACCAAUUGGGCUUUUACUUUGGUUUUCAACCUGAUGACCAAAAUUAUUGCUGGAAAACAUAUUGUGAAUGAGGAAGAUAUUGGUAUGGAGAAAGGGAUAGAAAUGAUUGAUAAACUUCGAGGGACUUUCUUAGUUACUAUUCCAUUCUUGAAUAUGUGUGAUUUCUUGCCAGUUUUGAGGUGGUUUGGUUACAAAGGGCUUGAGAAGAAGAUGGAUAUACUUCACAAUAAAAGAAAUGAAUUCCUCAAGGGUUUGCUUGAUGAAUUUCGACACAAUAAAAUUAGUGGUCUAAAGCCAAAUCAUACAGUUGGUAACAUGGAGAAUAAGAAAACUACCCUAAUUGAAACUCUCUUGUCUUUCCAAGAAUCAGAGCCUGAAUUCUACACAGAUGAUAUCAUCAAAAGUAUUAUGCUGGUCGUUUUUGUUGCAGGAACAGAAACCUCGUCAUCGACAAUCCAAUGGGUAAUGAGGCUUCUUUUAGCUCACCCUGAGGUAUUGCAUAAGCUAAGAUCUGACAUUGACAGCAAAGUGGGGAACAAGCGCUUGCUAAAUGACUUUGAUCUCACCAAGCUUCCAUAUUUGCGUUGUGUUGUCAAUGAGACGAUGAGAUUAUACCCUCCGGUACCACUUCUAUUGCCUCAUUAUUCAACUGAAGAUUGCACUGUGGGAGGAUAUGAUGUACCAAAACAUACAGUGCUUCUUAUCAAUGCUUGGGCAGUUCACCGGGAUCCCAAAGUUUGGGAGGAGCAUGAAAAGUUCAAGCCGGAGAGAUUUGAGGCUACGGAAGGGGAAACAGAAAGGUUCAAUUACAAGCUUAUACCGUUUGGAAUGGGGAGAAGAGCUUGUCCUGGAACUGAUAUGGGAUUGCGAGCAGUUUCGUUGGCUUUAGGUGCUCUUAUUCAAUGCUUUGAUUGGGAAAUUGAGGAAGAGGAAAGCUUGGAAGCAAGCUACCAUUCUAAAAUGAGUAUGCAGAACAAGGCUUUGAAGGCUGUAUGCACUCCGCGCCAAGAUCUUGUCGAGCUUCUGUCCCAGCUCUGAGACAGUGUUAUGUAUUUCUGAAUAUAAUCCAUCUUGUGUAACCACUCUGCUGAACUUGUAUAGUAGCAAAUGUUGUAAAACUGAAUCAUGAUUAUGUGAGAAAUAAGAAUAUAGAUCCAAGGUUAUGUAAUGCUAAUCUGUUAUAAGGUGUUUUUGGCUCUCUUAGUAGUUAUUUGAGAAAUAAAAGUGCAGAAAGAUUAUCUGUUCUGGUUAACCUAA